GGGGUCUGGGGUCCAACGACAGCCACUACUGUCGGUCUGCAUCGCGAAAAACUCUCCCACUGGCCGAGCCCAGAGGGAUCACCGCUCAGGUUGGCUCGCCAGCCGCUGGGUAUCGUGUGAUAGUGACCUCUGCCGACAUUAGGCCGCCUUUCCUAUUCAUCUCAGAUGGCGGCGUACAAGGGGGCUGUACGACGUCGAUAUCAUGCUCGUUUCCCCGGAAUGCAUUUGUUGCUUUGUAGCUGUUCUUGUCUGUUCUUGUCAUGCAUACCACCAAGUAAUCUCGGUUUUUCUAUUGUCUUUUGUCCUUCCCGCUUCAGUUUACUAUACCUAAUUCAUUUAAUCGCCAAUAUCGACAGGAUCCUCCUGGCUGAGGAUACUGCUUUGACAUUCAUUUCUACCAAGACCACACACGCCGUUUUCACUCGAGACCGACUGGAACGCCAUCGAUAUAGUUCCAGUGAAGCACAAGGUCCAUUCAAGUAUUCAUCAUGGCAGUCCGCUCUUUAUACACACUACUCGCUCUCUUUUUUUCUUUCAAUGUUAUCGCCCUUCAAGUAACACCAAAUUCCCCUUGCUCCUCCGCAUGCCUAGACUCGUCGACACUGGACAGCUCUGAUCCGAACUCAUCUAAUACCGAGUCAACGGAUAUCGUAUGCGAGGAUGUGGCUCUGAACAGUACGGACAAGGGCUCCAAAUGGAAGCAGUGCAUGACCUGUCUUCAAAACAGUACCUUUGAACAGGGUUCAGAGAGCGACCAAUACUGGUUCAUGUAUAAUCUCCGUUAUAGCUUUGAUUAUUGCGUGUAUGGUUUCCCAAAUGGCACUGGCUCUGGAUCCAACCCAUGCGCGACAUCCACGGCCUGUGGUGCCCUCAGGUCCGGGCUCGAGGACGGGGAUCUGAGCACAACAGGAUCACAGUUCGGUUACUGCAACGAUGGCUCUGUGACUGGGGAAUAUUAUAACGCAUGCCUUAAUUGCGUCGGUUCUAGUGGUGAAACCCGCUAUAUUGCAAAUGCCCUGAUCGCCUUACAAGCUGGUUGUCUCCAGAAGCCCAAUACCACAACCGAACUUGGUCUCAGCGACUCGGUCUUUUCCCGCAAGGUUAUCGAGAUCGUCGACCCAUCCACGCAAGAGGAGCCCGCCGAUUCCGUACAGCUCGGCACAGCAGCCAUCGCAGGCAUAGCAGUCGGGGCGGCUGUUCUGCUUCUUGUCAUUGCGGCCAUCAUCUUUAUUCGCAUCCGCAAGCGCAAGAACCGUGCAAACCUUGGGAUAGAGCCCCGCUGGGGAAGGUCAAAAAAGCCACACAAACGGAACUCUUCGUUCUCGUUCCACUGUCGCAAGAUCUUGUCCUCGCCCAUGUCUCCAAAAUUCUUCAAGGACGACCUGACCCCGGUGGAAGAAAACCAACCCUACGGCUCACUGGAUGCAGUGACCCAGUCACAGAUAUCAGGAGUCGAUCCUCCCAGUGAUGCUCCCGACGGGCGGUACUUCAUCGAGACCAGGCAGCGGCCGGCAUACGAGCCUUCUUGGAGUCCCCAGGGCCCGCCACCAUCCUUCCACAGCUUCGGGCCCCCAGCAAUGACCCCGGAGAAGCCCGAGGGGCAAUACUCGGUGUCGGCUCCAGAAAAGAAGGGCGUCUCGGGAAAAGCACCCCUUAGCAUCGACACUACCCUCGUCGCACCGCCGCCAGCCCGCCAGUCGCCACGGAACGACGCCUUCGCCACGCUCAUCACCUCGGCACAGCCCAUACCAUCGACGCUGCCGCUGAGGACCAUGCCAUACGCACCUUCCACGCGGGCAAGCGUCGCGUCGACCACGUCGCCACAGUCAUCCGGUGGCGGCAACAGGAUAAGGCCCAAGGCAAGCAACACCACCAUGAGCAGCCAGGGCAGCGGGUACCCGGGCUUGGUGACGCCGUCGUCCGCUUCGCCGUUGAUGAGGCAGAAGCACGGCUGGCCCAGCCCCCGCGAGACGGCAGACACGCCCUGGUUCCCGCCGCCACCGCCGUCUGGCCCGCCUCCCAAAUCAUCCCCGGCCAAGGGCUCACGCAAGGGCUCUGCCGGGUGGGGGAAGAAGGGGACGAGGGACAGCGGCAGCCCGGUGGAGACGCAGCAGAUCCAGAUAUCAUUCCCUGCGCCGCCUCAAAGAUAGUUGUUGACGCUUGGAAAUGUGCAAAUAUUUGUCGUGUAAUGCAAUGUGUACGAGUACCUACGGGAGCAAAUGUUUCUGCAUUUUGGAUGCUGGGAGAUACCAAUCUAGCACGGCGUUUGAAGGAUAUGAUAUGUAUUGUGGUCGGCUGUAUCAUAUAGUGGCUUUGUACAGGCCACAUAAUAACAGAUUGUUUUUGUACCUG